GCGGGUCUCGAGAGCCUUGGUUGUCAUAUCUGACGAGAAUCAAAAGAUUGCACUGAGAAAACAUACAGAAUUAUCUGUUUCGCUCAACAAAAAUACUUGGGACAGAAUGUUCCGAGCUUGAAGAUGGAUAUGACCUGCUGCUCUGAGAAAACGGACCUCGGACCAUUCAGUUUGUGGAGUUUUAUUGGUAGUUUUCUCAGUUAUAAACUACAGGUGAUCUGGACGCGUUCAGAUUCCAGGAUCUUCUCAGAAAAAACACAAACAUCUCUGAGUCACGCUGUCUCCCAUGUAUGCAGACAGCUCAGUCAUAAUGGAGAGAGCGCCGCCCUUGCGGAAAGGAGGGAGAGUGCAACCUCAGGGCCACAGACUGCGCUCUCAUCCUCCCACCAGCGGAAGCAGUGUUUGUGCCAACCCCACCUACUUUCAUACUGUGUAUGACAUGAAUGAUGAAGCAUGCCCAGUUGACUAUAGCAAAACCAAUGGAGGGGAAACCGUAGUGAUGGAUGGGACGCUUUACUCUUUGAUGCCCAGGGACUCUCUGGUUCCUCCUAUCAGACGGAGAGGAGGCCUAGUUGACCACCGUGAUGUCAUCAAAGCGCACCAAUCCCAUAAACUGCAGAGCACUCCACAGGCACAACGAAAACAAUGGGAAAUGGCUCGGUUCGGAGACGAAGUGCCGGCCAGGUAUGGCGGCGGGGGCUCCGGUCAGGGGGGACCCGGCCGCGGCGGCAGCAGGCAGGGCGGCCCGCCAGGGGCCCAAAGGAUGUACAAGCAAUCGAUGGCCCAGAGAGCCCGGACCAUGGCCAUAUACAACCCGAUCCCGGUCCGACAGAACUGCCUGACGGUCAACCGCUCUCUGUUUCUCUUCAGUGAAGACAACAUCGUGAGAAAAUACGCCAAAAAGAUCACUGAAUGGCCUCCGUUUGAGUGGAUGAUUUUGACCACCAUCAUUGCCAACUGCAUCGUACUGGCUCUUGAACAACACUUACCAGAUGGAGACAAAACUCCACUGUCAGAACGACUGGAAGAAACAGAGCCCUAUUUCAUUGCAAUUUUCUGUUUUGAGUCGGGCAUUAAGAUUCUUGCACUGGGAUUUGCCUUCCACAAGGGCUCCUACCUGAGAAACGGAUGGAAUGUGAUGGACUUUGUAGUGGUGCUCACUGGUAUCCUGUCCUCUGUGGGGUCAGAAUUAGACCUGCGGACAUUGCGAGCAGUCAGAGUGUUGCGACCGCUAAAAUUGGUGUCAGGAAUUCCAAGCCUGCAGGUGGUGCUAAAGUCUAUUAUGAAGGCUAUGAUUCCACUGCUGCAAAUUGGCGUGCUCUUAUUUGUCGCCAUCCUCAUGUUUGCCAUCAUUGGCCUGGAGUUCUACAUGGGUAAAUUCCACCUCACCUGUUUCGACAAUGUCACAGGCGAGAUGUUUGAUGAACAGCCCUGUGGUGAAGAAUAUCCCGCUCGAGUGUGUGAGAAAGGGUCGGUGUGUGCUGGAUACUGGCUUGGGCCAAACUAUGGCAUCACACAGUUUGACAACGUCCUUUUUGCCGUGCUCACUGUUUUCCAGUGCAUCACCAUGGAGGGUUGGACUGACAUGCUUUAUUAUAGCAAUGAUGCCUUAGGGAGUGCCUGGAACUGGAUGUACUAUGUUCCCCUUAUCAUCAUCGGAUCCUUCUUCAUGCUAAAUCUGGUGUUGGGUGUCCUCUCAGGUGAGUUUGCCAAAGAAAGAGAGCGUGUGGAGAACAGGAGCGAGUUCCUCAAGCUCAAACGUCAGCAGCAGAUUGAGAGAGAGCUCAACGGAUAUCUGGAGUGGAUCUGCAAAGCAGAGGAAGUCAUACUCGCUGAGGAUGAUGAUGGCACCGGUAACAGAACUCGUCGUAGGCCCACCAUAAAGAAAAACAAAUCUGACCUGUUAAAUCCAGAAGAGGGGGAGGACCACAUGGGAGACGCAGUUGGCUCACCUUUUGCUCGUGGGAGCAUAAAGAGCGGAAUGGGCGAUGGGACUGGAUUUAGCAAGAAAGAGCGACGUCUGCGCUUCUUCAUUCGAAAGAUUGUAAAGACUCAGGCAUUCUACUGGACUGUCCUCAGCCUGGUGGGACUCAACACACUGUGUGUGGCUGUAGUUCACUAUGAUCAGCCCGAGCUACUCUCGGACUUCCUCUAUUAUGCUGAGUUUAUUUUCCUAGGCCUCUUUAUGUCAGAGAUGCUGAUUAAGAUGUACGGACUGGGGACGCGCCCUUAUUUCCACUCCUCAUUCAACUGUUUCGACUGUGCAGUCAUCGUUGGCAGCAUAUUUGAGGUGCUCUGGGCCAUGGUGAAGCCAGGGGCGUCCUUUGGAAUCAGUGUGUUGCGAGCUCUUCGGCUACUUAGGAUCUUCAAAGUCACCAAAUACUGGGCAUCUUUGCGUAAUCUAGUAGUGUCUCUUCUAAACUCCAUGAAGUCCAUCAUCAGUUUACUUUUCCUUCUCUUCCUCUUCAUCGUGGUCUUUGCUCUUCUCGGGAUGCAGCUGUUCGGUGGACAGUUUAACUUUGAGCUAGGCACUCCUCCAACAAACUUCGAUACUUUCCCUGGUGCCAUAAUGACAGUGUUUCAGAUUCUAACCGGAGAGGACUGGAACGUAGUGAUGUAUGACGGCAUUAAAUCUCAGGGAGGGGUGGACAAAGGAAUGGUCUUCUCCAUAUUCUUCAUUGUCCUUACACUCUUUGGCAACUACACUCUACUGAAUGUAUUCUUGGCUAUCGCUGUGGACAACCUGGCCAAUGCUCAGGAACUAACUAAGGAUGAACAGGAGGAAGAGGAGGCCACAACACAAAAGAUUGCUCUACAGAAAGCAAAAGAAGUGGCAGAAGUGAGCCCACUGUCUGCUGCCAACCUAUCUAUUGCUGCAGUUACAGUAAAAUCUGAACAUAUCGAUGCCACAGACAGUUUACUGGACUGUAAAGAGCAGCAGAAGAACUCGAAGGUUUCUAAGUCAGUGUGGGAGCAGCGCACAAGUGAGAUCCGCAGACAGAACCUGAUGACCAGCAGAGAGGCGCUUUACAAUGAACUUGAUGCAGAAGAUCACUGGAAGAUGAACUACCACAACCGUCCUGACAUGAAGACCCACUUGGACCGGCCACUAGUAGUUAAUCCUCAGGAGAACCGCAACAACAACACCAACAAGCCCCGACCAGGUGAACCAAACCCCCAGGAGCUAAACCAGCAGCGGGGCGAAGAGUACCUGCAGCACCAGUCCCUAUACCACCACCAUCACAGUCAUCAUCAUCACCACCACCACUCCAGCCGCCAGUCCCUACACCACCCAGAGGUGGGGGAGGCAGGCUGCGAUUGUGCUCAAAGAGGAGGCGAGGAUGUGGGGGGCGCAGGGGAGCACAGACGACCCCGACACCACCAGCACAGAAGAAAGGAUGAGGAUGGAGGGAGUAGACACAGAGAGCACCACAGCAGAGGGGAGACUGGAGGAGAAGGGGAGGAAGGCCAAGAGAAGAGGCAGAGGAGGCAUCGCCAUGGAAACCAUGGGGAUGGAGAUGGAAGGAGGGAUAGAGAACGGAGUCGACAGCAUCGAGCUAGAAAAGAGGGUAGUUUAUCAACAGCUCGUCCAAUUCAGCCAGGUCUUCCUCAUGCAGAGAGCCAGUACAGCGAGGAUCUGGACAAUCUGCGAAAUAGCAGCAAGAUGGCCAGCCACGACGCUGACCCUGACUUUUAUGACCCCUACUAUGACCCAGAGCAGGCCAAUAACCUGCUGAACCUGCGUGGACCAGAUUUCCAUGACAGCAGUCUCAUUCUGACGGACUGCACCAAAACCCCCCGCAGACUUGAACAUACUGCCAUAGAUAUGCCCCCGAUUUACCCCUCAUUCAACGCCAAACUGCAAGUGAACAAGAAUGCCAACACAGAGCCAGCUAAAGAAGGAGAGAAGAAAGAGGAGGAGGAAGACAAUGGUGGUGAUGAAGAUGGCCCCAAACCCAUUCCUCCGUUCAGUUCCUGUUUCAUCCUAUCCACAACCAACCCGUUUCGAAGAUGUUGUCAUUACAUCCUGACGCUACGUUAUUUCGAGAUGUGUAUUCUGUCAGUCAUCGCUAUGAGCAGCAUUGCUUUAGCUGCUGAAGAUCCUGUGUGGCCGGAAUCACCUCGAAACAACGUAUUGCGUUACUUUGACUAUGUCUUCACUGGUGUGUUCACCUUUGAGAUGCUCAUCAAGAUGGUGGUGUUAGGCUUGGUUUUGCAUGAAGGCUCAUAUUUCCGUGACUUGUGGAACUUUCUGGACUUUGUAGUGGUUAGUGGUGCCCUGGUAGCCUUUGCCUUCACAGGGAGCAGUAAGGGAAAAGACAUCAGUGUCAUCAAGUCUCUGAGGGUCCUAAGGGUGCUACGUCCACUCAAGACCAUCAAACGUCUUCCCAAACUAAAAGCGGUGUUUGACUGUGUAGUGAACUCUCUGAAGAACGUGUUGAACAUCCUCAUUGUCUACAUGCUGUUCAUGUUCAUCUUCGCUGUGGUGGCCGUGCAGCUUUUUAAGGGACGAUUCUUCUACUGCACCGACGAAUCCAAAGAGUUUGCCCGUGACUGCAGGGGUGAAUAUUUGGUGUACGAGCGCGAUAACGAGGUGAAAUCGCAGAAGCGGGAGUGGAAGAAGUACGAUUUCCACUACGACAACGUGCUUUGGGCCCUGCUUACUCUCUUUACUGUGUCCACUGGAGAGGGAUGGCCACAGGUGUUGAAGCACUCGGUGGACUCCACUAAUGAGGACCAGGGCCCGAGCCCGGGGUACAGGAUGGAAAUGUCCAUAUUUUACGUGGUGUACUUCGUUGUCUUCCCCUUCUUCUUCGUAAACAUCUUUGUAGCUCUCAUCAUCAUCACUUUCCAGGAGCAAGGAGACAAGAUGAUGGAGGACUACAGCCUCGAAAAGAAUGAGAGAGCCUGUAUUGAUUUUGCUAUAAAUGCCAAACCUCUAACACGCCACAUGCCUCAGAACAAGCAAAGCUUUCAGUACCGAAUGUGGCAAUUUGUAGUGUCACCUCCGUUUGAGUACAGUAUCAUGGCUCUCAUUGCGCUCAACACCAUCGUCCUUAUGAUGAAGUAUCAUGGGGCACCUUUGAUGUAUGAUGUAGUCCUGAAGAACCUGAAUAUAGUGUUCACCACACUCUUCUUCAUGGAGUGCGUUCUGAAAAUUAUUGCCUUUGGUCCCCGAAAUUAUGUCAGAGAUGCUUGGAAUAUUUUUGAUUUUGUGUCUGUUAUCGGCAGCAUCACUGAUAUUUUGGUGACAGAGCUAUGGGAUAACUUCAUAAACCUGAGUUUUCUGAGACUCUUCCGAGCAGCACGUCUCAUUAAACUCUUGAGGCAGGGCGAGACCAUUCGCAUUCUGCUUUGGACCUUUGUUCAGUCAUUUAAGGCUCUGCCGUAUGUGUGCCUGCUCAUUGCAAUUCUGUUCUUCAUCUAUGCCAUCAUUGGCAUGCAGUUGUUUGGGAACUUGCGGCUGGAUGCAGAGGAAGGUAGUGCAAUCAAUGAACACAAUAACUUCAGAACCUUCAUCAUGGCCCUGAUGCUCCUCUUCAGGAGUGCUACAGGCGAGGCAUGGCAUGAGAUCAUGCUGGCAUGUCUCGGAGGAAUGGAGUGUGAUGAAAGCUCUGGGAACGAGGGCUCAGAGUGCGGCAGCAACUUUGCUUAUGCCUACUUUGUCUCUUUCAUCUUUCUCUGUUCUUUCCUGAUGCUGAAUCUCUUUGUGGCCGUCAUCAUGGAUAACUUUGAGUACCUGACCAGGGACUCCUCCAUUCUGGGUCCACAUCAUUUGGAUGAGUAUGUCAGGAUUUGGGCAGAGUAUGAUCCAGCAGCCUGCGGGCGCAUUCAUUAUAAGGAUAUGUACAGUUUAUUGCGGGUUAUCGACCCCCCGCUGGGCUUAGGCAAGAAAUGUCCUCAUAGGGUGGCCUGCAAGAGACUGCUACGCAUGGACCUACCUGUCGCAGAUGACAACACGGUGCAUUUCAACUCCACUUUGAUGGCUUUGAUACGCACAGCUCUGGACAUCAAAAUCGCUAAGGGAGGCGCAGACAAACACCAGAUGGAUGCCGAGCUCCGUAAGGAAAUGAUGUCGAUUUGGCCAAAUCUCUCCCAGAAGAACCUGGAUCUGCUGGUAACACCACACAAGUCAGCAACAGACCUGACAGUGGGCAAGAUCUACGCCGCCAUGAUGAUCAUGGAGUACUACCGGCAGAGCAAGGCCAAAAAGCUGCAGGUGCUUCGUGAGGAGCAGAACCGAACGCCAUUAAUGUUUCAGCGCAUGGAGCCAUCCCCGAACCAGGAAGGGGGACAGGGGGUGAACGGUUUCCCCGAGUUGCCGCAGGAACCUGUCAACAGCCUGCCUCCGGAGGGUGGAAUGAGUGAGAGCCAGUCGUGGGUGACAUCACGAGCCCAGGAAAUGUUCCAGAAGUCUGUUCCAGAAAACUGGAACCCUGAAAGACCGUGUCCUAAUGACCAUCAUGACAGCCGUCACAAUCCACAGACGGUAGAAAUGAGAGAGAUUGGGCCUGUUGGGGACGGUUACUCGGACACUGAGCCCUAUCACCCAAUGGAAGGGCAUGGGCGGACCAUCUCCAUGCCACGCCUCUCAGCAGACAACCAAAGUGUGCGUUCUGCUGCGACCAUCACAGACACAAGUCCAAUGCGCCAUUCUACAUCUUCACUGGUUCACGGACGUUCAGGACGAGGCGUGCGAUUGGACGAUUACUCUCUGGAACGUGUGGUGUCAGAAGAGGGUCACCGACAUGGUCCACGAAGAAGAGAACGGGAUCGAGACCGGGAGAGAGACCGCAGUCACCGCACCUCAGAGAGAUCCCUUGCUCGCUAUACAGAUGCAGACACAGGUCUGGGCACAGAUCUCAGCACCACUACACAAUCAGGUGACCUUCCGACUAAAGAGAGAGAACGAGAAAGGGGUCGAGCAAAAGACCGUCGCCACCACCACCAUCAUCAUCAUCAUCACCACCACAGCUCGGUGGAUAAAGAGCAGUACGGUCAUGAGCGCGACUACCACCGUCAUCCUCACGACAGAACUGAUCGCCACUGGUCCCGCUCACCGAGUGAGGGGAGAGGGCAUAGACAGGGCAGUAGUUCUGUGAGCGGAAGCCCCGUUCCCUCGACGUCGGGGACCAGCACCCCCCGACGUGGUCGCCGGCAGUUGCCCCAGACACCGUCUACACCACGCCCUCAUGUCACCUACUCCCCUGCCGUCCGCAAGCCUCCAUACGGCUCCCCGGGCCAGGGUCGACUCCGUUCCCCUUCCCCGCGACACUUCUCUCCACCGGAUCACGAACCGCCCUACCAUCAUCCACCCUCCCGCCAUGCCUCACCCCAUCAUGGCUCACCCCGGCACGCCUCCCCGCGCUCUCCCAGGCAUGCAUCUCCCAGGUCCCCACGUCAUGGCCGCUGGGGCCCAUUGCCUGACAGCCUGGAGGGCGACGGACCUUUCUAUGAACAGGACUAUGAGUACGAGCGGCACCAUGAGCCGCCUGCCUAUGAGCAGAGUCUAUCACAGGGCAACCCUCACCCUCAUCCACACCCGCAUCCCCGAUCGCCAAGAACUGCUCGUCAAGGGCCUCCCCUGCACCCACGUCGUAUGCCUAAUGGCUACCGUUCCUCCUCGCCCUCCCCGCACCGGCGCGACCCCCACCCAGGCCCACGCCGGCCGCCCCAUGGCCGUGGGCCCCGGAAGGGGUUGCACGAACAGUAUAGCGAGACGGACGAGGAUGAUUGGUGUUAGUGUGCAGGGUGACCAGGAGGGGGCACCACUCAAUUUAUACCAAGAUGUUUAUGCACCACAGCAGGGAGAGAGGGGGCGGAAGGGGAAACGCAGGGCAAAUGCCCCAUUGUGAGACUCUGAGCCUUGGAGCAGCACAUAGAGCUCCCCUACUCCCUCUCUCUCUAACGCUUUCUCCUGCUCUCUGGACUACGUUUCCCAUGCUGCUCAGCAUGCAAGGAAAUGGGAGCGUAUGAACGAGAAAUGGGGUGGUUGCGUUUAGAUGGACUGAACUUUUAAAGAUCAGAGUCGUUGUGUUUAAAUGCUCCACUUCAAACUAAGAAAGACCGAAUGCUUCUUGCCCGAUGGAAAAAAUGAGAAGCAACAUUCUCUGUCAAUCAAAACAAAAACAAAAAAGAAGAAAAAAAAAGGAAUUAUGAAAAAGAAGCCGGAACCCAUUUUCCCCCUCACAUCUAUGCCUCUUGAAAAGACCCAAAAAAUAAAAAGGGAAGAAUAAACAGACAUUGUUAAAGGAAAAAGCAAGUGUUCUUGUGAUCGAGAGCUCUACCUACUGCAAAACCAGCCCCAUGUGCUGGCCGAUAUCGAUGAGUUUUAUCAUCUGCGUUUACUGUUACCAACUCAAGAUGCUGAGUGACUUCAUCACUUGGGGGAGGGGUUAAUCAAAGAGGCGUGGUAUAUAAAAGGACCCAGUGCAGGUGAGGAGGCGGGUGGGUGUGGCACACCGAAACCCCACCCACAAACUGCUAUACGCUCCUGACAAGGAAAAGACCGUGGAAAAAGAAGGAAACGGCAGAUGAGGAAGGGACGGAAAGACUAUUACCUCUUCAGUCUUCAAUUGAUUACUUCUUUUCGAACAUUUGGAGCUUGGUUAUUCUGUUGCAUUUGCUCAGCUUUCUUUGAUAUUUUUGAACUAAAAUCUGAUGGAAACUUGCAUGAUUGAUUUAAAAAAUAUAUAUAUAUAAAUAUAUAUAAAUAUAUGUAUCAGACAGAAGAUUUACUGUGGGAAGGGGGGUGAUAGCUCUCUUUUUUCCAUUCAGUUGGAAGUUCUUUCUCUCGUUUUCUCCCUGUUGCUCUUGCCAUGUCUACAGAUCUUUACGUGCAGAUGGAGUUUAUAGAUAGACGCUACAGCAGACCUUUCUAAAUAGCGAGACAGACCUGAGGGUUUUUUCUAUGUUAUAUCCAUCUGAGGAUCCCAGAUGAUGUUCUGCACUGUUUAUUAUUACUUUGGAUUGCACUAAUUCAGGAUUGCACCUGAAUGGUGAAAUCUCCCUCAUUAUGGCUCUGUCGGCCAUGGCUGCGAACAGAGAGAGAAACGGGGUGAGAGACAUUCUCCUUUCUAAAGGCUUCAUUUGCUAUUGUCAAUAACAAUAGUCUUUUAAUGAUGAAAACUAUCUUAAUGCAAUUGAUGAAGAUAACGGUGAUGCUGAUGAAGAUAGAGGUGAUCAUGUGACUGUUGUCUUGUUUUCGCGAAUUUGUCUGUUGUGGCCAUCUUGUUUCGAACCUUAUUUUCGAUUCCGUUCACCACAAAUUGAAGUCUAUAAGGAUGCGCUCCUGAUAGCAUCCUGAAGUUUACGUACUUGUGACCUCAGCUGAGUAGAAUAUUCCUAUCUGUAGUGAAUAGUUUGGGUCAGAGCUCAAGAAUGUUUUAAAAGAGAGAGUUGGGGCAUUCAGGAUACCCUCGGACAGUUUUUGUGUCAGAGUUUUUCAGACAAAUUCAGGGUCCAUUCCAUAUUUAUUUCUUGACAGAAAAAGAUGGUCACACAACAGUGUGAUCUGAUGAAACCGUUUUAUAGAGGGUCAGUUUUUAACCCCUUGAAUUAUUUCACAGCUAAUGUAGAGUUAGUGCAAGUUAGUAUUUUGAGUGAUGAAUUUUGUUGUUUACUCUUUGUCCAUGUUGUGGUGCUGUUGCGCAGCUUAUACCAGGCUAGACUAUGGACAAACAAUCCCUUAUGAAAAUACGGUCGCCAGAGGGCACUUAAAGAACUUUAGAUUUUGCAGAACUGUCCCCCGAAAGGUGACAAAGCAGGUUUUUUUCCAACAGGAAUUUAUUUGAGAGUUUUGACCUGGGUAGUCUUUGAUCACGUAACUGGAAACAAUUCUUCCACCCUGCCUUCCUGUUCCCUGCCACGGACAGCUUGUUAUGUCUUUGGCUGCCUGCUCAAUCUGAGACCCCCCUCCUUCUGCUCAGGAUACAAUAAUACAGCCAAACAUAUAUCUCACAGGUGUGUAGAGGUGCGGCCUAUUCAGUCUCCCCUACUGUCACUGAACCCGUCCAGCUGACCCCCACCUAUCGGACCAUCUCAAAACAUCAGAAAAGUCAAAUGUUUAUGAAAUCCCAUUCCAACAGGCUUUCCCCUCCAGAAAAUUUUAUUCUCCUAAAUCCUUCAAAAAAAAAAGAGACAUUUGUUGAGAUGCGUUAUGAAUAUAUAUCUAUAAAAUGAUAGUGGGUAGCAUAUCUUUGACUUUUGAUUGCAGACUUUUUGUUUUGCAAAUCGCAGAGUGUUUUUGAAAUUCUAAAGGAGACGUGUGAGAUCUUUUUCUCUUUAGAAAAAGACCAAAAGUCUCAAUUUUAUCUCUAGGAGUAAGUAUUGAGAUGUUAAAGAGAUCUAAUUUCUGAUGUUUCUUUAUGGGAAAGAUGCAAAAAUCAGUAUAUUAUGAAGCCGAAAAGGAUUCAAUAGGUUUUCAACAUAAGCACUCACUUAUUACAGAAUAGCUUAUCACAUUCGUCUAAUCUUGUAGUCAGUUGGGCGGUUCUGUAUUUUCUCAUUUUUCUUAUCUUCAUUCUGUCCCAGAGUCAUGGAAUCCACAAUACUUGUUUUCCUAAAAAAUACAAAUAGUGUCAUUUCAUGUGAUCCCUUCUCCUUACCAACCCAUAUUCAAGACUUUUAGGGAGGAAACCACUGUUUUCUGGGUGUUUGUUGAUGUUUGGCCCACAUUUAUCUACAGCUGGCCCCCAGUUAGCCCCUGGUUUGAUGGCCAUGGGUCUAGAUGAACCUGCAGAGCCACAGUGCCUUCUGUUCUAGUGUCGCACACUAACCCUUCCCCUGCCUCUCUUCCCGCGCCCCUCUAUCUCUCUCUUAAUGUGAUGGACUCACACUACGCCUUAACAAGUCCCCAUGUCUGCGCUGUCUGCUGGGCUUUUUAAAGACAGGGAGGCACGUUUAUAUGCUGAGUUACUCUGAGAGUAAUUAAGGGAAAUGACAACCAAGUUCUGUCAGGGUCUAGGCUUUCUGUCUCUCUUAGCAAUGCUUCCUCAAGUGGAUGGCAGCCAUUUUUUGAUUUGUCUCACCCUGCUCGUUCAGAGAGUUGCAUCGAACAUCGGAGGGAUUGUUCUACUUCUCAGGUCUUGAGCAAAAGGACAGAAAGGCUUGUUUUUGUCAGGCAUGAAUGUUAGCUAGACCUUUUGCAUGGUUAAUAAUAUUAUGCCCAUUUAGAAGUUCUCUUGGUCUUGUAUUCUUUUGCCGAAAACACUUGAAAUGCAGGAAAUUUGCUCCAUUUUAGCUCAAGAUGUGGAUUGAUAGAUUAUUAAUACAACUUGAUUUUUAUUCAUUAUAAAGUGAUAGCAGAAGGUUGUGGUUUUUUAUGGAACAGUUCACCCAAAAAAGAGAAUUCUGUCAUCUUUUACUCACCUUCAUCUCAUUCCAAACCAUUUACAAACUUACUUUCUUCUUUAGAACAGAAAAAGAGAGAUGUUCAAUGAUUAUUCCAGUUGCUUUUUUCAGAGCAGUUAAAAUGAGUAAGAAUGGAGGCUUUUAAGCUUCAAAAAGGUAACAAAAGUUCCAUAUAAGUAGUCCAUGUGAAUAUAUUCCAAGUUUUAUAAGCCAUACAAAAGGUUUGUGUGAGAAACGGACUGAAAUACAAGUUAUUAACUAAAGAUUUUAGAAAUUGGUUGAACCAAUUGACAUAACCUGUCAGAAUGAUUAAUUAACAAAUUAGAAAGAUCCUAGAAAGGCUUAAAUUUGGCAUGAAGAGUAAAUUGCAAUUACUUUUUAUUUUCUAUUGUGAUGCAUAUACAAAUAAAACAUAUUGAAGUGGAAAAAAAUGCAUGUUUUUCCAAUCAAGAAUUG